UUCCCAUCUCCUCUAUCGACAAACAGAACAGUUCCUCUUCUUCAUAAUUCUCCUUCUUCUUUCCUCCUUUCUCACGUUCUCAUUCCAAGCUCAGAAUCGUCUAGCGGCAUCGAAUCGUACUCAUCAGAAACAAUAUAGGUUAUGUCUAUCAGAUUCAAAUUCAGAAGCUCUGUCAAUUUCGAUACAAUCGAAAUCGAUGGUGGUAAACCCUACAUAUCGGUGGGAGAACUCAGAUCUAAAAUUCUGUGUCAGAAGAAGUUAAGCGGCAUAUGCCAUAAAGACUUUGAUCUCGUCUUCUUAGAUGACCUCACUGGUCAAGAGUACAAUGACGAUGAAUUCAAGAUUCCUAGUGGUUCGAGUGUUAUCAUAAAGAGGGUUCCAGCAGAACCGGUGCCUUUAGCUAUGUUAAGACAUCAUAAGCCUGAAGCAAGUGAGCUUAGUGAGGAUAUUCCGAAAGGUAUCAAUCACAAUAAACCUGAAGAUAUAAUUCUAGAGAAGAAGCCUGUACCUGUAGAUGUCGAACACAUAGAAUUGGAAAAAAUGGCGAACACGAAGGGUAUUGAUUUGGAAAAAGUUGACUUGCCAUCAGAACUAAGAUGUCCUAUUUGCAACACAUAUUUCAAGAAUGCUGUGAUGAUACCAUGCUGUCAGCAUAGCUUCUGUAAAAAAUGCAUCUGUGAUGUACUUCCAUUGAAGGCAAGGUGCCCUAAAUGUUCUUCCACUAAGUAUAGGGUAGAACACUUGCUACCAAAUUUAUCCCUCAGACAUGCCAUUGAGCAUUUUCUUGAAUCCCAGAUUCUUGCCACUGCUCCAGAAAAUGAUUUGCAGAAAUAUGUCCCAGAUGGAGAAUCUGGUAUUCAAGGAAAGGAGGUUUCCACUAAAAGGAAAUUGGAUUUGCUUUAUUCUGAGAAAGGACCAAAUCAGAAUAUGGGAGAGUCUGUGUACGAGUCACUAAACAAGAAAAAUGAUUUCUUGAAUUCAACUCCUUUGCUUAAAGUUAAGAAUAGAGAUGCUCAUGAAGAUUUGACACCUUCUGUGGACUCUGAAGGUGAAAACCAGCCUGUUAUGCCUCAAGUUUGCUUGCCAAAUGAAGGUGGAGAUCGAGGUUAUGCAGUUAACAAUAGAAACAACAUCAACAUGGGAGGGCGAACUUGCUACAUGUGUGGCUCUCCAACCCAUUUCAUAAGAGAUUGCCCGAUUGCUUCCAAUGAACAUCAUAUGUAUCAUAAAGGAGAUCAUAUGUUUCAAGGAGGUGUGUCAGGCUACCCGAUGCCCUACUGGAACACUCCCACUCCCAUGUUCCCUCCAUUUAAUCCUUACAUGAAUAUGUAUGGAAACCCUGGGAUGCUCCCUUUUAGUCCUGUCACACCUUAUGGAGUUCCACCUUAUGUUGCAUCUACAUAUGCCACCUUUCCUGUUCCUAGUGGAGUUACAAGAAUGGGAGGUAUGACACCUGUAGGACCCAGAGCUGAACAUUCCACAAGACGCCCUGAGAAUUUGGACUUUCAGAACAGUGAUAACCGAAUGAAAUAUGGCCAUGAAAAGAGACAAAGGUCUUCCGAUUAUGAAGAUGAUGGAAAUGGAAUCCCAAAGCGUCAUGAGUCUCACUCCCAUGAGCUUUCUAGAUCAUCAGAAUAUAAAUCUCAAAGAAACAGGGGAAAGGCUGUGAGCAAUUCAGAAGAAAGCCAUGGCAGAAAGUUGCAAAAAGAUCAUCACUAUGACAAACAUCAAGAUCUAAACAUCAAAUCUAGUCAUCAUAAAAGAUAUGAAAAACGUUCUCAUUCCACAAACGAUGGUCGAGAACAUGGAUCAUAUCAUACAGAUAGAUCAAUUUCAGGGGUAGAAUUAGAAGUAGAAGAUGUGCAUAGUGGUAACCAUAGGUAUGAUGAAGUGAGGCAUAAAAAUGACAAAAGGCAUCAUCAUCAUCAUCAUCAUAGUAGCAGGGAUCAAUCAGACAGUGAUUGUAGCUGUAGGCGUCAUUCAAGAAAAAGAAGGGAUGUAAAAAGGAAGGACACAUGGCAAAUGGUCAAUGAUUCUUCAGAUAAUGACUAUAAUCAUCAUCAGAAUAAGAGGAAAAAAGUGCACUAGAAGAACAAGUUGAAGGUAAAUAUGUAUUUGAAUUUGAAGCUGCAGAAUGGGCCCACUUAGGCAAUCUUACCCGGUACACUUCUAUUUGCUUUUUUUUUUUGUUUGUAUCAACCUGGUUUUGGUUAGCGGUUUAUGAUUUUAUAAUUUUAUAUUCAUACAACAAUAAUAUAAAGUAUAAACAGUUGGUUGUGUCGACCAAUGGACAGAAGAGACAUACAUAUAUAGGCUGAUUUUUUAAUCUUGUUUUGCUUUGAUGCUACAGAUUUAAUAGUGUGGUGAGCUGUUGGACAUUAAAGCCAUCACUAGCUUUUUUAACUUUUGUUAACUAACGCUUUUGAUGCUUUCACCACAAAAACAAAAAAAAAAAAAAAAAAAAAACUUUAGACCCUUUUCAUAUUCUUGAGUAUGAAGUGUGGAUGAGCCACUUAUGCAUUGCUGGACAAACAUUCUGAAGUGAAGACUUAUUGGAGCCGAUUGAGUCCUUAUGUUGAAAAGCCUCAUGGAUGGCCCAUAUGGUUUUAAAUUUAUAUCAUGGUUGGUUUGUCACCCACCUAAAAGAUCUCUCUCUCUCUCUCUCUCAUGAGAGAACCGUUGAACCCCAAGGAGGUGGUAGAUUUGUUUGAAUGAAUCAUGCUUACAUGGAAAUGCGUUCAUCACUAGCUACAACCAUUUGAUAUCCUAAAAAAAUGGAGAGAAAUUCAUCGGGAGAAGAAGAUGAAAAUGCAUGAACUAAGUGAAUACUUGACCUUGGAACCUUUCAAGUUCAUGAUCCAGUGGAGAUUUAGAAUUGUUGUUCACCUCCUCUGUAUGAAAUUUGAUAAUGAUCGUUUCCAAAUCCCAAGAUUGAUCGGAAUGCUCCAAACGACAUACUAGAAAUGCUUGUACACAACAUUUUAACUAUAUAUCGCUAAACCGAUUCUAUCGACGAAUAAUAACCAUGACGAAAAAGCAAGCAACUUCAGAUAGCUCAAUUUUACCUGAAAUUAUACAAUCAAAACAAAGUUAUCUUGCAAAACCGUAGCUAAAAAAUUCUCAAAAUUUCAGAAACCAAAAACUCCAUCACACGAUCACACGUUACAUACAAUUCAAAGCAUGUUUAACAAGUUCCUAAUUUCUUUGUAUUAACAAUCUCUAUAGAACGAUUUCAAAAAACUAGAUGAAAACUACUAGAAAAAUAUAAGAAAAUGUAUUUCGAUUUGGGGGAAGAAAGGGACAGGGAAGAAAAUUGGUGGGGGUGGUAUUUAUUUUAUUUUACUUUUUCUUUUUAACUAAUUUUAAUUUAAAGAAAAAGAUAAAAGAAAUAAAAAGAGUAUAAAAGUCUUUUUAGAUGGAUGAGGGACCAACUAUGAUAUAAAUUGAAAACCACAAAACCAUUUAUAUGAGGUUUUUUAAACUUAUAAACUAUAUCCUAAAUUUUGAGAAACCACAAUUAGCAUUUAUGAGGUUUUGUCUUAAAUGUAUAUUAUUGUUGAUAUUUUUUGUAAUUGAAUUAAUAUGAAAUUUAUAAAUAAUAAUAAAAAAAUAUUUGAGCUAAAACCAUAUAAUUUUGACUUAUUAAAAAGCUAAUCGUGUAACUUAUAAGAAUAUUUUUUUCCGAGUCAUAUUUAUGUGUUUUUCUAUAUCAAAACAAGAACAUCUUAGGUUAAAAAAUGUUUUACUUGUGCCUUAUUUUUGUCCCCCUCCUCCGUAUAUAAUUGUUUUGAUCGAAACUUUAUUUUGAUAUUUUUAAGGUAUCGCCAUCAUGCUAUAUGUAGACUGUUUGACAUCUGUAAAUCACACCAUAUAGACGAUAGCAAAAGGGUUACCCUUGUUUGUUGGGAUGACAACAAAACAAGUUAAGCACUUCUGACAAACGUCAAACAAACUUUGGUGAAACUUACGGAAUACAAUUUCUUAAAAAGUUAAAUAAAAAACUGAACACAAUAUUUAACGUGGUUCGGUCAAGAUGAUCUACAUCCAUAGGAGAGAGAGAGAGAGAGAGAGAGAGAGAGAGAGAGAGAGAGAGAGAGAUGAUUUUAUUAAACUUCCAAGGAUAAUUAUAAUUACACAAAAAUGUUACACCUCAUUUGAGCCCUCAAAACAAAAGAAUCUCUCUCGAUUACUAACUGCUCUGAAGGAUGUGCACUCAUCCUCACAAUGGUUGUUCUUUUGAAAUUACUGUGUACAAGCACUCGCACACACUUGCACAAAGAAUAAUGAAUGGGGAUAUGAGCCUAUUUAUAGGCAAGCAUGGAAAACCCUAAUUCUGAUGGGCCAAGCCCAUCAAUAAUUAGCCCAUAAAGGGGAUACCCUAAUUUUCAACCAAUCAUAGAAGGCAUGUAGACGCUUCUGGAAUCUUCAACCUCAUGAGCAUCUUUCAUGAGCAUCAUCUGUAAGCAUCUUCCAUAAGCAUCAUCCGCGAGCAUCUUCCAUGAGCAUCACUCGUGAGCAUCAUCGCAUGGGCAUCUUCCAUGAGCAUCAUCCGUGAGCAUCUUCGAUAAGCAUCAACUGUGAGCAUUAUCACAUGAGCAUAUUCCAUGAGCAUCCCUCGUGAGCAUCAUCACACGAGCAUCAUCCGUGAGCAUAUCACAUGAGCAUCUUCCAUGAGCAUCAUCCGCGAGCAUAUUCCAUGAGCAUCACCCGUGAGCAUCAUCACAUAAGCAUCUUCCAUGAGCAUCUUCCAGGAGUAGCUCAUCAAAGGAUAUCAUGGCUCAACAAAGGAACACAUGUGGCACACCUUCAUCAUGAAACAUCACAAGAUGCUCCAUUCCCUUCUUAGGUGAUCCAUACCCUUUAUUAGAAGAUUCGUCAUUUAUCUGAUGAUUCAUUCCCUUCUCAAAUGGGCCAUUCGUUUGUCACAUGCUCCAUGAACUCCAAGUGAUCCAUGUUGAUUUCUGAUGCUCCAUUGCAACCUCAAGUGCUCACUUGUCAUUCCUGAUGCUCACUUGCACUCCAAGUGCUCCAUGUGUUGGACAAGACUUCAUACCCCAACAACCAUGCGCAUUAAAGUUCACUUUUUUGUUUGUUACAUAAUUUCCUUUUAUGGUUUUCGUUUUUGUAAGUGCAAAUGAGUUCUCCGCGACAAUGCACAAGACGAGUUAAAUACUAGUUUAUAUUUAGUUUUCUUAUUUGACUGUAAUUUGAACACACACACACACACAUUUAGUGUUAAUUUCUUGCAUCAAAUGGCCUCGAUUUUUUUUUACAAUGACAAAUAUUGUUACAUUUUUUUUGUUAAAAACGAUUUUAUAAAAAAAAUCAACCACAAUCGAAAAUAUUAAAAUAGUAAAAUGAUACUCAACUUCCUUUUUUGAACCCAAAAUAUGGGAAACAAACUCCUUAUACAAAUGGGGAGUGAUUUGUACACAAUAUUUUUAGCCGAACACAAAAAUUUAUGCUUAAGAGGAAUGUAUUGUACUACUAUAAAGCAUAAAUUGUUGUUUAUGGCUAAAAAGCGUUGUGUACAAAAUUAGCACCCUCGUUUGUGGUUAAAAAGUGUUGUGUACAAAAUUAUCACCUUAUACAGAUACGCCUAUCCUCAAAUGGAGUACCUAACAAUGAUGAUGUAAUAAAAAUAGAAGUAUGUAGGGUUUAAAUAACAAUUAAGGAGAUCAUAUAUAAACAUGUCUUUCACCGUUUGGAAAAAUAACCAACUCCCCAAGACAAUUAAAAAGAACUCAAUUGCAAAUAUUUAUGCAACAAAAGUGAAAUCAUAUACAUCCAUAUCAAUAAUCUCGAUAGUAAACCACUCACAAGCAUGCAUAAUUAACAUAAAUGUACCAGUUGAUAUAAAUAGUCAAACAUGCACAUGAUCACUUUAGUGGGUAAACAUACAAAUUUUAGAGGAAAUGAAGGAUUCGAGGCCUGUCAUGGAACAUUACAAUGAACUCAUGCAAAUUUCGGGACAAUUUGAACAACACAAGAUGAAAAUGGACGAGUCCAUUUCUGUUUCAAGUGUUAUAGACAAAUUACCCCCAUCAUGGAAGGAUUUCAAGCACAUUCUGAAACUACAAAAGGAAGAGUUGUCUCUUAUACAACUUGGCAGUCACUUAUGAAUUGAAUAGGGCCUCCGGGUUCAAUAAAGUGGAAAAAUUAAAGGAAAAAGAUGUUCAUGGAUCUUCUGUUAGUAUGGUAGAAGAUGAAAAAAACCAAAAAAAUAACAAAUGAAAGAGAAAGAAGAAAGAUGACCAUCACAAAGGUUCCAAUAAGAAACCAAAACUCGUGUGUUGGAAUUGUAACGAACCAUGUCACUUGAAACAUGAUUUUCGUUUGAGAAAGAACAAGAAUGGUGCAAGCACAUCAGGAGAAUGAUCUCAAGAUCAAGGUCCACAACCACAACAAGUAUGAUGAUCACACAUGGUGGGUAGACUCGGGGGCGACGAGUCAUGUAUGUAAAGUUUGUCACUUGUUCAAGGAUUAUGAAGUAGUAGAUGAUGGAUCGAUGCUCUAUAUUAUAAUAAAGCUCCGUUUUUUUGUUGUGGUUCAGUGUGUCUAGUUUUUAGUUCUCGAAAAAGUCUUAUUUUUAGAAAUAUUAUACAUGUUCGUAAGAUUAGGAAGAACUUGGUAUUAAGUAAGUGUGAUUAUAAACAAGUGUAUGAAUAUGAUAAGUGUAUCUUAUCAAAGUGUGAUACAUUUGUAGGAUUUGGAUAUUUUACUAAAGUGUGAUACAUUUAUAUGACAAUGUUGCAGAAUCGAUAUAUGGC